CCAAAAGUAGACUAAAUACUGCCUCUCGUCAAAGAUGCCACACUCGAAAUUACUAAAAUCUGGCUUACAUUUCAGCUUUAUUUCAAAACACUGUUCAGUGGUUGCAUUAAGGUUACAAUUGAAGCAAUUUAAGUUAGUCAAAUAUUGAUUUAGAAAGUAGCACUGUCUGACUUCGGGGUGAAUUUAUGAAUUAUGUGAAAACUCUGAAGUAUUUCUUGCACUGACAGGUCAAGUGAAGCUCGCCAACAGGAUAGUGGGAAAGAGGAAGGUGUCCUCCAGGAAGAGGAAGAAAGUGGAGUACAGACCUACAGAAGGCGACCCCCGAAACACUCAGGCCUCAUUUCGUCUUCAAGACUUCAAAAUGUGGAAAUUUAGCACUGUCCUGCUCCUACUGGCAUUGCCCCCUAGCGUGAACAGCAAGGAGACUCCAACACCAAGAAUGUGUGCAGUUUGCUUGGAUAAGGACUGCGCAACUGGUGUGAGCGAAAUCUACCCACCAGACAGCGACACAGCAAUUUGGCCGAAAGCAAACUCCCAAACUGGAAUCCAAAACUGCUCCAUGGAGAAUCUAAAGGCAGAUGCUCCCUGUAAGAUGGCUAAUGGUAGCCUCGUCCAACUGGCUGACGAGACGCUUCGUUUUGAAGGGACAAACCCUCCUAAUAUACGGCGCAUAUUCCACUCACAGAGUUUCCCCUGCGCUGAUCUGAUCAAUUCCAAGCCCUCCCCCGUGACCAAAGCUCCAAACAUUGCAGAGGCGUACGGCAUCGACAGCAUCAUCGACAGCAUCAUCGGCAGCAUCGGCAGCAUCGACACCGACACCGCCAUCGGCAUCGGCAUCGGCAUCAUCAUCGGCGGCGGCAUCGUCAUGAUGUUCAUCGGCAUCCUCAUCGGAUUUUUCAUUGGGAAGCGUAAGAGCUGUGGACAAGGACAGGACAGGGUGCCUGCUCAUGACCCUGAGGAUCGUAAUGAGAACACCAUGGAGAUGCAGCGUCUUAAUGUAGAAGAUGCAAAUGAAAACGUUAACAGGGUCCAUCGAGAGGAUGACAGCGUUGGGCCUGAGGGUUACUUGGAUGAUUCUCCUGUGUGAUCUGCUGACCCCUGGGGGUGGGGGGGGUGGGAGGGGUGGGGGGGGGGGGCUCCUUGGCAUUGGUCUACCGUCUGAGGCAUGCGGCCGCACUACCUAUGGACAACUCCCUGAAAAUUGCCUUUUGACAUAAAUAGUGCUCCGUCCCGUCCCGUCCCGACCCAAUUUAUUGGCCGUGUGUUCCGGGAAAAACCCUCCCGGGUGGAGGGGAGGGAAACGGAGGUGGAGGGGAGAGAGGGUGAGUGCGAAAACGCGAGAUGAAGAAUGAAAGUGAAGUGAAAAGAAAAGGGAAGAAAUCUGACGCCAUGUGAGCGGGGACGUAAUUGGGUCAGGCUGUGAUCUGACGCUCGCCCCUGUUGGGAAACAGACAACAGACAUUUUAGUGUAUUCUGCAUUUGGGAAGUUUCCGCUGGACCCCGGGGGGGAAGGGGGCAAGCCCACCUGUUGUAUUUCAAUUUCAAUGUGAAUGGAACCUGUUUGAAUAGAUAGGAUGGGUUUGAAUUUGAAUGGUCCAAUCGGAAGGAAGCACAGCCUCUUAUCACCAAUCAGAGGCAGUGCUCCAGUUCCCCCCCCCCCCCCCCCCCCCCAACACACGUGGAGAUCCCAUCAAGCUCUUGGGGGUGACCUUCCAGGCUGACGGAGGAGGGCAAACAAGCUGGGAGGGAGCCCUACGCCAGUGUCUUACUAACAAACAAAAAGACAUUGCAUGGAUGACAGCUCACAGGUGUCUCCCCACAAGAGUUUUUAUGCACCGCAGGCACUUAGCCCUUACUGAGCGCUGCCCCCACGGUUGCACUGACUCGGAACACAUUUACCAUCUGUUCUGGGAGUGCACCGUGGCUAGGCGGGUCUGGGGCCUUGUUUCCUCUGUCUCCCAAAACAGGUUGCUGCUAAUGUCCUCCCUGACGUCUGAGGGAGUCCUCUACGGUCCCCGGGAGGGACUUAAGACAAUGGAGCUCCAGUGUCAGUGGGGGAUUAUUAACACCGUCAGGCAGGUCCUGUGGGAGACAAGAAACAUCAAGGUCUACCAAAAAACAUCAGUGGACCUGGUCGCUCUCAGGCGGAGGAUACAGAACCUCCUCCAGGACGGCGUUUUGGUGGACUUUCGUAAGAACAAGGACCUGGCGAGAGAAAUGGGGGGGUGGACCACUGGAAAGAACUCGUCAUAUAGUCCACCCCCCUAGGAGGGGCACCCGCUCUUCACCCCAUCCCGAGCGCACAUAUUUUUGUUUAUUUUUUAAGGAAAAUAGUAUUUAUUGUAAAUAUUCUUAAAAUAAUUUUGUCUUGUGAUUAUUAGUUAAUAUAGGUAGGGUUGUUUGUAUUAGGUUUCCUCUUUCUGAUUGUUUUGAUUUUUUUUGUAAUUUAGGGAAUGUCUGUCUGAAUGUAUUUUCUGUUCCUUUUGACUUUUUAAAGCAAUACGUUUUAAAAAUGGAAAAUGUUAAAAACCAAUCAAGACAUUUUAUCACAAACUUCUGAUCUGCUUCUUCCUGGGACAACAGUUAUUUUAACUGUUUUUGGUAAUGAUUAACCUACACCCCAAUACGUUAGACUGGACUCUGGACUCUCACUGCAUCUUGCAGCACUGGCCCUGAGUUCUGACAUGGUCACCAUACCAUUCUCUUACCCACCCAUUUUUCCAGUCUGUUUGCCACAGGCACAGCUCAUAAUUUGUUUAUGAUGUGCCUAAGAAACCAUUCAAUCUGGAUUAAGAUCUGAAUGUAAAACAAAUUCCUGCACUUGAAUCAGAACAAAACAUUUAUUUAAAUGACAUUUUAUUGAUAUUUUAUUUCCUUAUUUCCACACUUUCUUUUAAUGCUUUUUAAUUCAUUUAUUUAUUGUGAAGCACUUUGUGUUGGGCUAUGAAACACUAACACAACACUACGCAAAGGCAUUUCAUAUUUCUGCACGCUUGUUAGAAUUUUAUUUUGAUGCAAUGCAUUUCCACUUUUUUUUUUUUUUCCUGAGACUAACCCUUUUGUUUCUUUGAUUCAUUAUGAAUUAUCAUAGAAGUGUGCAGAGUGUGGAGUAUUCCUGUGUCUAAACAGCACACAGCAGUGCUUUGUCACGUAUCUUCUCAAAUGAAAUCUGAAAAUGAGGUGAAUAAGAGAUUCCAAAUCUGAUCAGUUGAAAAAAUAUGUUCAGGUCUGAACAUGAACUCAGAUACCUGCAAUGGGUGUUUUUUAAAGUUCAAAGUUUUUUAAAGUUUUGUUCAUGAGUUUAUACUUAAAAUAAAAUGGCGAUGUAUGUAACGGUGCCUGAUUGUAAAGCAGAAAUGCCACACAAUGGAGUAUCUAUACAUGUAUACAGAUGUUUGUUCCAAAUCGUAGUUGAUAUGUUCGAUAUGAAAUGUGUAAUCAAAAUGAAAUCAGGGAUACCUGGAAUUAAUGUUUACACAUUUAAACUGUUUUGUUCAUAGAAACAAAAUAGUUUAAACUUAUAAAAUGGCAAUCAAACAGUGUCUGAUUUUAAAAGCAGAAAUGCCAUAUGAUGCCAUAAACAGUUUUAAGGUUUUAAAGAGAGAUUAAAAUGAUUGUGUUUCAGGAAAAAUGUUCAGAAAUAUAGCAAUUUGUGAAUAGCAUCUUUUACAUUAGCUGACAUCUCAACCGUACGGUAGAGGUCUAUCAUUUCUAAAGGGGUCAAGUUAUGAAAAAAGUGUUAAACAUUGUUAUUUGGUGCUCUAGUAAUAGGUAUUUAUGGUUAAUUAAUUUUUUCAUCACCUAUUUCAAUGAGUGACAGAGGAGGGCACUGGAAUAACAGUGUCCUACUGACCACCACUUUUUCCCUUCCUUUUCCCCCUCUUUGCUCUGCACUUUGUAUUUUUGAUACUUUAAUAAACUCAUUUGUAAUCAAUCCCA